AUGAGCACAGAGGGCCCCAGCCCCCUCGCCUUCCUCACAGCUCCUGCCACUCCGGGGAGGCUCUCAGUGGCAGUUGACCCCAUCCCCGUGCUCAUUGCCCUGGCCUGCAUCUUCCUCCUGCUGGCCACCUGUCUGCUGUUCAUGACCCUCUGCAAGCCCGCUGCGCUGGAGCCAAGGCGCCGCUGGGCCUGCGAGUGCAUGCCGCACCACCCGGGGAGCCCCAGUGAGCCCCAGCUCCGGCUCUGGAAGCGCCUGGGCUCGCUGCGCCGCUCCCUGCACAGCUUCCGCCGUGGCUGGCCUGCCCCAAGGCGCCCCCUGCCGGGCAGAGAGGACCACGACGACUGUGACUGCAUAGAAUCUACAAAGAUGUGACAAGAGUGUCCCCCUACUCCAGGGUCCAUCUGCGGGCCCUCCUGCCUCAGACGGAAACUGGCACCACAGGCUGCAAGAGGACAGUGGCCCAAACAACAUGGGCCACGCGCUCACCCCCACGGGUUCCCUGUGUGCCCAGGCCCGUGGCCUUUCCCAGAGACGGCCCCUGCAAGAACACCUUCCUUCCUGCAGACACUCUAGCUGCUGCCUGCUGGAAGACUCCUGGACCAAGCUGAGCGCCUGCAGCCAUGGGGACCCUUGGCCCAAGGCUCUGAACGGUACAAACCUGGGGCCCCCAGGGCCCCUCUCUGACCACCAGGCACCAACCGUCUCCAGGAAGCGGCGCCCCUGCUUCCCAACAGAAGCCCUGCCCGCCCUCCAGGUGCCAAAACCCAGCUCAGAUUCCAGUGCGAGUUGCUGAAUGGCCAAAGGUUCCCUCCAGCCAAGUGAAAUACUCAGCCCCUGCUGGGGAUAAGGGAGUGUCCUGCCCUCUGUGCCAACUCUGUGCCCAAGGCAAAGGGGAACCCAGGGAGUCUUCUCCUCGGACUUCCUGGGCCUGCCAGCAUUUGCCUGUGAUACACGGGAGCAGCCAGCACCCUUGGGUGGAUCAGAUGCUGGGUCCCUGCUGGGAGGAGGGGCAAGCAGGAGGAGCUCAACACCACCCAGCCAAUCACAAUCUCGGCUGUCAUCUUGGCGUGCCCCCCCGCACCCGGCCCCCAUGCGCCUCUGCUAAGAUGGAUGAGGAACGCGCUGAGAAUGAGUUAAGAAGCUCCUUGCACAGGCCAGGACUGGUCCUGUGUCAGAGUGGGAGGAGGCACUGCCAGCAGCUGGAGGUGUUACUCUCUGGGCUCUGAGGACACAACAUAGCGGCUUCAUGCGUCACCCAGGGAAGGAGGCGGCCUUCCUUCGAGUGGAAGGGUCCAGCUCUCUCCAGGACGGCUGUGGGCCCUCAGGCUCGGACCACAUGACGUGUGCUAUCUGUAUUUUUGGCCACUGCUUCACUGACUGGCUACUGUCAAAGUAAUCCCACACCAAGGUGGGCUUCUCAGAAUCCCAAACCUUCAGCCUCUCGUCACGAUGCUGGGGUUAAACACUUUGGUUGGGUCCCAAAUUUGGAGGGUGGGCAGAGGGGUCUGAACUGCCCAGCUUCUGCCCCAGAAAGUCAUCUGGCCAGGGCCACCUGGUACCCCACCACGGACUGCUCCACCGCGCCGUGCUACGCCCCAUAGCACAGCCAGCCGAGUCUCCUCACAGGGUGAGCUCCGAUUUUGUCAUCCCCGGCUCCAAAACCUUCACUGGCUCCCUACUGCCAGAUCAAGCCAGAGCUCCUUCGUCUGGUGUUUGGCGCCCACUGGGAGCUGGCUGUGAACGAUCCUUCUAGCCUCUUCUUGACCCAAGACUCCAGGUAAACUGAAAUACCUGUCCUCCCCUGGCUACGGCUUACCUGGCACGCCCUCUGUGAAGCCCUCUUUGCUCUACACCUGAAACCACCUCCUACCUGAAACCAAGGGAGGGCAGGGACACUUGCUCUUGGCAGUGUGGGUCAUCCCUGUGUCUCCGCCUUCCCACAAGCCUGGGAGCUCCCAGAGAGCGAGACCGCAUCCAACCCCUCACUCUGCCUCACCAGCUCUGGGCUCAGAAGUAUGGGGCCUCUGUUGACUGAGUGAAGGGUGGCCCCGUCUAGUCCCGGGGGGCAUCCCCUUCUCCCUUCUGAUGCUUCUACGGAGAAGCUCUCUGUCCAAGCAGGCCCUCUUGGACAGGCCCAGUGUACCUUCCUUUUGGGUCAGCCUGACAUCACAUCAAAGAGCGAGCCCGCCUUGGCCAGAAACUUACUUCCAGGGGGGCCUUGGAGAAAUCACCAGUGCCUGAAUUUCUCCCUGAGAAACGGGAAGAAUCAGGCCUGCCUUAUAUUACUCACAGAGCUCUAGGAUUUCAGUCUGAGUAGUUUGUAUAAAUAGAAACCAAUUCUUGGGGUUUAGAAAGUGCGCAGGCCCCCUCCUGCAGCACUGUGUCCCCCUCCCUUCCAGAUUAGUGACGCCUCCCUGCUUUGCCUCCUGCCAGCUCUCCCUGAGGCAUCCCAGGCUGAACUCUGCCUGCAGCCGGUCCCCCGACCCCCGCUGGCCAGCGUGCUCUGCCUAGCACGUGGUGUCACCGGGGUGGGCAGUAAGGCUACCCCCGGCCUGAAGGACGAAAAGCUGGGGAGGAGGAGGGGCUCUCAAAGGCUGCCAGACCCCCAGCUGUGUCCCCAGGUUGGUCCUGGGAGACGGGUGUUAGGUUUUGGGCUAGGGGAGAGGCGGGGCCCCACAGCUUGGUGCAUGUGGGGUGUCUCUAAACCCCCAGGAGCUGAGGCUCAGAGGGACAGAUCCCUUUUCUAGAACCAGCCCCCAGAGUCCAGCAACCCCCCGUGGCUUCCUGGACUCUCUCUUGGCACCUCUGGAAGUCAGCGCCCUGCCCCCGGCUCCCCUCCUGCCCCACGCCCGGCCCUGAUGCAGGGAGGGGGCACACUCCCAGCUUCCUGCUCUCCUGCCCCUCCCAAGCCCCGGAGCCCGGCCCAGCGGGCAGGCCCAGAUUCGCUCUUGGGCUCAGCCUCCAAUGGGAAACCCUGCGCUCAGCUGGUGAAGAGGGUGAUUCAU